GCCGUCGCUUUGAUACGAUCUACCCGCAACGCAGCCAUGGCACCGACCGCAGAGUUCCUGUCUUCGCCGCGCGUGAAGAGCUUCAACCAGAAUAUGAAUAACGUCUACGAUAAAGGCCUGGUGAAAAUCACUCCUUCCAACUGUACACUGCCCGUGGAGUUCAUGGAAGACGUGCAGGCGAUCCUGGAUUUCGAGGUUAAACCAGACGACGUGUGGCUGGUCACGUUCCCGAAGUGCGGCACGACGUGGACACAGGAGUUGGUGUGGCUGCUCAUGAACGACCUCAACUUCGAACAGGCCAAGCGAACUCCUCUGACAGACAGAUUUCCAUUCCUCGAGUUGUCAUCGAUCAUCACUGGCGUGAAGAAGCCGCCCGUGCACUCGAUCGACAUCGCGAAGAACUCCAGAUCGCCGAGGCUGAUCAAGAGCCACCUGCCAGUAGAACUUCUACCCAGGCAGCUCUGGACCGUCAAACCCAAGAUAAUAUACGUGACUCGAAACGUGAAGGAUGUGAUCGUGUCUUACCUCAACCACCACCAGCUUUGGCUCGGCUGCUCUCUCACAGCGGAUGAGUUUGCGGAGGGCUUCAUGGAAAACAUCCCAAAGUAUACUCCAUUUUGGGACCAUGUCCUUUCUUUCUGGAAGCUGAGGAAUGAACCGAACAUACUAGUCUUCGGCUUUGAAGAGAUGAAGGCGGACUUGUCUUCGGUGGUGGGCAAGGUGGCCGCCCACCUGGGGAGACCUGUGCCGGAGGACCAGCUGCCGGCGCUGCUGGAGCACCUCAGCUUCCAGAAGAUGCGCUCCAACAAGGCCGUCAACUUCGAGGAGAAGGUGGAGAACGCUCGCCAGGACCUGGGCCUCCGACCCGCGGCCUCCGAGGGCCUCAAGUUCAUGCGUAGCGGCGCCGUGGGCGACGGCCAGCAGCGACUCUCCGAAGACGUCCGCCGGAAGGUCGACGCCUGGACGGACUCCUGCCUCGCCGGGUCCGGCUUCGACGGGCCCCGAUGAGAGCCGGCGGUCGGUUCCAGCGCUGUUCCCUCACACUACGUGCAGACCGUAUCCCCGUACUGAAGACACUUCGACACACACAAAAAACUUCUGACAAAUCCAAAGGAACGACAGCAUU